UAGCUGGAGGAACGCCCCUCCCCUCCCCGCUUCAGAGAAGAGAGAGAGGAAAGGAGAGGCAGAGAUGGCAGCGGCGGAGGCGCACCGGGUGCUGGUCUAUGGAGGGCGGGGAGCCCUGGGCUCCAAAUGCGUGCAGCACUUCCGAGCCAAGGACUGGUGGGUGGGCAGCAUAGACUUGGAAGCCAAUGAAGAUGCCAGUGCCAGCGUGGUGGUGAAGAAGACUGAUUCCUUCCUGGAACAAGCGGAUCAGGUAACAGAAGAUGUUGAAAAACUUCUGGGCGAGAAAAAGGUUGAUGCUAUCCUUUGCGUAGCUGGUGGAUGGGCCGGAGGCAGUGCAAAAGUAAAAUCUUUAUACAAAAACAGUGAUCUGAUGUGGAAACAAAGUGUUUGGACAUCAACUAUCUCUAGCCACCUGGCCACCAAAUACUUGAAGGAAGGGGGUUUGUUGACCCUCACGGGAGCAAAAGCAGCAUUAACUGGAACCCCAGGAAUGAUUGCUUAUGGCAUGGCCAAAGCAGCUGUCCACCAGCUAUGCCAGAGUCUGUCAAGUUCAAACAGUGGCUUGCCACCCGGGUGCUCUGCAGUUGCCAUUCUCCCGGUAACCUUGGAUACACCAAUGAACAGGAAAUUCAUGCCUGAUGCCGACUUCAGCUCCUGGACACCAUUAGAUUUUAUUACCGAAACCUUUUAUGACUGGGUCACUGGAAAAGACCGUCCAAGUUCUGGGACUCUCAUCCAGGUGGUCACGUCUGGAGGAAAUACUCAGCUCACAGCUGCCAAUCUCUGAAGAAGUUAUAAUUCAUCUGAGCAACAGUGAAAUCAUUGAGAUGUGAAAUGUGUCUGUUGUUUGUGUGGUCAUCUUCUGUUUCUUCCAGUGAGAUGAUUUUAUUUGUGGAGCAAGACCUGAGGUGGUGUCUGUGUCGCUAGAUGUAAGCCAAGACGUCCUGGAUAUAAAUCAGGACUGUGAUUUUCAAGAUUCGCAAAUGGUUUCAUAUUCCAUUAUUUCCUAGAGAAUUAGUUUAAGUCAGAAAAAGUAGUAAUUUGGAGGAAGUAGUUUAAUUGUUUGAUACACAUACACACGACGCUUGUAGAAGGCUUGCUCUCUUAGGAAUUUUCUUAUUUCUGUGAGUUAUCAUCUUGAAUGUUGUCCAGAUGGACUUGUCAAAUAUUGCCGUGAACUGCAGUUAUGUUAAUCAUGAGAAAAGAUGCAUUCCUAUUUUUUCUUCUUCUCUGAAUCUUUUUCGUGGUCUUAAGAACUUUCAUGAAAGCUGUGAGCUGAAACAGCAAUAGUGGAUUUCCUGUUCUGUGUGAAUGUCUGGGUGUUGGGCACACAUGUGCAGAUGUUUGCAUUAAGAAAGUGUACCCAUGUUUCAUCCCUUACUCCCAACUGUGGUCUCACACAAGCUAACCUUUUGUGUGUCUGUGGAAACAUGUGGAGAAAUCAGACUUUUGUCAAAGUCAGGGGUGUAAAACAAAAACACAGUUUUGCCUUAAAAACUAUAAAACACUUGCCAGCCCAACCUGCACACCCAUUUGUUCUUUGCUAGGCCACUGUGAUGAUGAUGAAGACUUAUGUUUGAUGAAGAUGUUGAAAAUUGAAGCCUUAUUGUAUAAUGAAAGAGGCCUAACCAGAUUGUUGCCUGUGUUUUUCAAGUCGGCGGGUGCUUUACUUGCAGGUAUACUAUUGAUUGGGAAAAGAGGGAACACAAGUGAACAAUGAGAGGAGGGAUCUCAGCAUCAUGUGAAAAUUACACAAAGUUGGUUAGGAAACCAAGGUGGAUGGAUCUACACUGCCAUAUAAUUCAGUUCAAAGCCAGAUAAUCAGGCAGUGUAGAUGGGGCCUGUGUUCGUCCUCAAUCAGCUACGAAUCCUGGGGGUGUACCCACCAGCAAAGCACAUUACUGCCUGAACUUCUUGCAGUGUAUGUUUCUUGUGUAAUUUCUUUUGGCAGUUCUUAAAACCUGAAAGCAGAGUAUCUUAAAACUGCCACGCUUUUGCUGUCAACUGUUGCAUUUUGUGCUGAAUAAACGUGUUGCUUAAAAGUC